CACCAGCCGGAGGCCGCUCGCCGGCGCUCCUGCGGCGGAGGCGGGCGCUCAGUGCCCCGCAGCUCAUCGGCCCCUGCCAAGAUGUCUCGGGAUCCCGGCUGCUGCAGCCUCUGGCUCCUCUUCGCUGCCUGCGCCCACCUCUUCUUCCUUCGCCCGCCGCUCCGCAGCCGGGCUUUUGCUGUAAGUGUAGUUCCUGAAGGUGCAGAAGAUGAGACUGAACUGUCAGUGCUGCAGAAGCCUGAAGAAAGUAGAACAAUCAGUAAAAUAAGCAGAGAAUUAAAAGAAGUUGUAUUUGUCAUCCAGAGUCAAAGUAAUUCUUUUCAUUCCAAGAGAGCAGAAGAUCUAAAAAGAGAUAUUUUAAAACAGGCUGCAGAUCUUGGAAAGGAAUUCCCUACGGUUCUGCUUAUUCAUCAGAUGGACAGGCAUGAAGGUGCAUGGACAAUAUUGCCAUUAAUGAGAGACUUCGCUGUUACCUAUGGUAGGAACUCCUCAUGGAUUUUCUUCUGUGAAGAAGAUACAAGAAUACAAGUUGUAAAACUGCUAGAAGUACUUGGAAGAUUCAACAGGUCUAAGGAGUGGUUUUUAGGUAAAGCUUUAUAUGAUGAAGAAUCUACAAUAAUUCACCAUUAUGCCUUUGCUGAAAAUCCGACAGUCUUUAAAUUCCCAGACUUUGCUGCUGGUUGGGCACUUAGCAUUCCACUUGUUAACACGCUUGCAAAGAGGUUGAAGAGCGAACCACUGAAGUCAGACUUCACAAUAGAUUUAAAGCAUGAGAUUGCCCUGUACAUUUGGCAGAAAGGGGAAGGACCACAUCUUACUCCAGUGCCUGAGUUCUGCACAGAUGAUGUGAACUUGUAUAAGGUUGAUUAUUGUGCAACAACAUUCAGUAAUUUUCUGCCACUUUGUGGAGAGCCAGUGAAAAAGGAAGACAUUUUUGUUGCUGUAAAAACAUGUCGAAAAUUUCAUGGUGACAGAAUACCAGUUGUAAAGCAGACUUGGGAAAGAGAAGCUGCCCUUAUUGAAUACUACAGUGAUUAUGCAGACGUGUCCAUUCCUACUAUAGAUUUAGGCAUACCUAAUACUGACAGAGGUCACUGUGGGAAAACCUUUGCCAUUUUGGAAAGGUUUUUGAAUCAUACAUCUCCCAGAACCCCUUGGUUAGUCAUAGUGGAUGAUGACACACUGAUAAGUAUCUUCAGACUCCGAAAACUACUCAGCUGCUAUGACCCAAAUGAACCGGUAUUUCUUGGAGAGCGUUACGGUUACGGCUUGGGAACAGGAGGAUAUAGUUAUAUCACUGGCGGAGGAGGGAUGGUUUUCAGCAGAAUAGCUGUUCAGAAAUUACUUGCUAGUAAAUGCCGGUGUUACAGCAUGGACGCGCCUGAUGAUAUGGUCCUUGGGAUGUGUUUCAGUGGCCUAGGAAUCCCUAUAACACAUAGUCCACUUUUUCAUCAGGUCAGAGAGUUAUGUUUAAGUAUUUAAAAUAUAUUGCAUUUUUUAAGUAUGUGUAUAAAACAGAAAUCAGAAAUACUGCAAACUUCAAU